UAUAUAUGUACAGGCGCUUCUCUCCUUUUAGGCUUUUAUGUUUUAUCACUCCCAUAAGCACAACACAAGCACUAUCCUCGCUUCUCUUUCUAAUUAAAGAUAAAAAAAAAAACUUUUUAUCACCACCAUUGAGAAUGUGGCGGGGACGUACGGCUCCGUUCUCUCCUCCGGCCGCAGUUGCCCGCGCUACCCUGACCGUCCUGCUCGCUCUCCUUGUCAUUAUAAGCCCGACUGGUGCAUGGCGCCCGUGGCCCCGCCUGGCCAAUUCCAAUGGCUCAGAUGCCAUGAUCGGCGGCUCGAAGAAGUAUGAGGGGUCGUCCGAGUUCGUGCACCUGAAGUACCACAUGGGCCCCGUCCUCACGCCCAACAUCACCGUCCAUAUCAUCUGGUACGGAGUGUGGCAUAUGCCCCAGAAAGAGAUCAUCCGUGAGUUCAUCAGGUCGAUCUCCGCCACCAACGUGAAGCGCCCCUCCGUCGCCGGUUGGUGGAGCACUGUAAGGAAGUAUACCGACCAGACUGGAGGGAACAUCUCCGGCACGGUCCUCCUCGGUAAAGAGCGAGACGACCAACUAUACUCUCAUGGCAAGAGCCUCACUCGAUUAUCGGUACAGUCUGUUAUAAAAGCUGCGGUCACGGCGAGAUCGAGUCCUCUGCCGAUCAAUCCCAGCGGUGGGGUCUACCUAGUGCUCACAUCCGAGGACGUUUACGUCCAGGAUUUCUGCAACGACGUCUGUGGGUUCCAUUACUUCACUUUCCCAUCGAUUGUCGGGGAAACUCUCCCUUACGCGUGGAUUGGAAAUAGCGCAAAACUGUGCCCCGCGGUGUGCGCGUAUCCUUUCGCCGUGCCAACUUAUAUCCCGGGGAUCAAGCCUGUGAAGCCGCCGAACGGGGAUAUUGCUGUGGACGGGAUGGUGAGCGUGAUAGCCCACGAGAUCGCGGAGAUGGCCUCGGACCCGCUGGCUAAUGCCUGGUAUGCAGGCGAGGACCCAAGCUUCCCCGUGGAGAUUGCAGACCUGUGCGAAGGCAUUUACGGGACGGGGGGAGGUGGGUCAUACACGGGCCAGAUGUUGAAGGCCAAGGAUGGGGCCACCUACAACAUGAAUGGAGUCCGGAGGAGGUUCUUGGUUCAGUGGGUGUGGAACCAUCUGGUGAGUUACUGCAGCGGUCCCAAUGCACUUGACCAGUGACUCCGGGCCCAGGUCAAUUCGAGUCAUUUCUUGGGGCUUGGGCAGCAGCAUGGAGUCCUAGCCAUUUUCCGAGUAAUGAAUCGAUUAGGUUCGGUAAUCAAGGUUGACAGAACAUGUAGUAACCAUAGCAUGCCUUCUCUAGAAUCAAAAUGCGGAAUGUCCGCAGCAAAACUCUAUUGGUAACCGAGUAUAGUGAAAGCAGCCGAAAGAAUGGCAUAUUUACAUGCUCGGGUACAGUCUCGUGCGCACGCUCUCGCAAUGCGAACCAUCAUUGUAAGCUAAACUAGUGAAAGAUUGUUACAAUAACCGUAUUAAGAGAUAAUAAGUUACAGGUUAUGCUUGCCCUCUUA